AUGGAGUACUCUUCGAUCGCCCAACGCAAGCAAGACCAGCUUUGGGAGCGCAUUCCUCAGGAAUGGCGUCUUGCCCAAGACAAGAUCCCCCCCGGGAUGCAUUCCCCAGCGGAAUCUGUUACAAAUGUUCAGUAUGACAGGGUCAAUGUGAUGGAUAUCCCUCGGUCAUGCGGCUUGCUCUCCCCAAAAGAGAUCGAGAUCACCGAAAGAUGGGACAUCACAGCCUGCUCUCCAACGAGCUCAAGAAUUGGACGACCACCUCCGCCGCACCGGCUCCCCAAUUGGCCCUCUUCCGGCCUCCCGGUCUCAGUCAAGGAUUCGUUCAACAUCCGCGGUGUCGAUUCGACAGUCGGCAUCGCCGCUCUAGCUUUGCACCCUUCAGAGAAAGAUGCACCGCUAGUGUCACUCCUGCAAUCCCUCGGCGCGAUCAUUAUCGCUAAGACCAACGUCCCCCAGACAAUGGGCGCCUUGGACUCCGCAAACCAUGUCUUUGGCAGAACGCUCAACCCGCGUAACCGCCAGCUCACUGCCGGCGGAUCGACGGGCGGCGAAGGUGCUCUUCUCGCCCUUCGCGGCAGCAUGAUCGGCUUUGGAACCGAUAUUGGCGGCUCCAUCCGUGUUCCGGCCAUGUGCAACGGCUUGUACGGGUUUAAACCAAGUCAAGGUCGUGUGCCAUAUGGCGGGCAAACAGACGGCCAGCCCGUAGCCAAAGGGCGGAUCUCGAUUCAAGCCGUCGCAGGACCAAUCGCUCAUUCCGUCGUAGACAUUAACGCCGUCAUGACUCACCUCAUUCCCAGGGCCCAAUGGUUCGGCGAGGAUUGUAUCCCGGGUGCUUGGCCGUCACCACUUUCGUCUUUCGGCAGGAAGUCUAGACCGAUUACUAUUGGCGUCCUUCCGUCAGAUGGGAUAGUCGAACCCCUACCACCGAUUUCAAAGGUUCUUAACGAAGUCGCCGCCGCUCUCCGUCGGACACCGGGAGUCAACGUCGUCCAGCUACCCGUCCCGAAAGCCCUGCCCAAAUGCCAAGCCCUAGCUGGGCGUCUCAUGGGCGUCGAUGGCGGCAUUAAAAUGCUAGACCUUGUCGAAAGCACUGGCGAGACACUAAUCCCUUGGCUUAAAGGCCGCACAAAACGGGGACGGCCGCUUCUUCUUUCGCAGCUGGCAGAGCUACAGGCAACCCGAGGAGAUGUUGAGCUUGAACUCCGCAGGGAACUGUGGAUGUAUGGUAGUACCGGACAUGAGCAAACGGUCGACGCGAUCAUCCACCCUGUUGCGCCACAUCCUGUGCCAGAGUUGGAUCGGUACAACGCGGUCGGCUAUACGUCUUCGUUUGUGCUUUUGGACUACCCGGCUGGGACUGUUCCGGUCCGAAACUUUGGCAGAGACGAUCUGGAAAACGGAAAGGAGAUGGAGGCACGUGUUAUUGGAAGCUGGGAUAAGGCGAACCGGGAACUUUGGAAUGAGAAAACGGUCGAUCGGACAGUAUACCUGGACUCCCCGCUGAGUGUUCAGGUCAUAACGCCUAAACAACACGACUACGAGCUUUACCAGGCCAUGGAGCUGAUUGAUCGGGCUAUUAAGACUGACAGGUCAAAGCUGUAG